GUGUCCCUCUCCUCUAACCAGUUCAUCUGUCACCACUUGCUUCACUACUAACAGUUUAGCCUAUCAUACUCCACAACAGCGGAUUUGUGGUUACAUUGGCUGUUGAACAGUACAGGUGUUAGCAGUGGAAAAGUGGCUGGAGGCUCGCCAAGAUGGUCAGGGCUGGCGGUAUAUUGAAGUUGGCAGCGCUCAUCUUUGCAUUCCUCCUAGCUGUCUUUCUGGCUUUUCAACUGCUGGAGAUAAAUAUGGAUUUUAAACUGAGCAAUGUGAUUGGAAAAUCUUUGCCAGAGGAUGAAGGCUCAACUAAGCCAGUCAGGCACAAGUGUGGGCUUUCCAAGGCAUGUCCUGUUGGACACUUUGCCUUCAAAAUGACGAGUGGAGCAGCCAGCGUAGUGGGGCCCAGAAUCUGCCUGGAGGACAAAUUAUUAAUGAGCGGUGUGAAGAACAAUGUGGGGAGAGGAAUCAACAUCGCCCUGGUUAAUGGGAGAACGGGGGAACUUAACAGGACACAAUUCUUUGAUAUGUGGGCAGGAGAGGUUGCUCCCUUAAUUAAAUUCCUGAAUGAAAUUGAAGAUGGGACAGUCGUGAUGAUGGCCUCAUUCGAUGAUCCCUCAACAAAACUCAAUGAUGAAGCCAGGAAGCUAAUUGCUGAUUUGGGUAGCACAGCUAUCAGCAAUUUGGGUUUCCGGGAUAACUGGAUCUUUGUUGGAGGGAAAGGCAUCAAGACCAAGAGUCCAUUUGAGCAGCAUAUAAAGAACAGCGCAGAUACCAACAAAUUUGAGGGAUGGCCCGAGGUUCUGGAGAUGGAAGGCUGCGUGCCCCAGAGGCAGGACUGAUCUGAGCUCUCACCUUACUGGUCGACCGCACAUUUCUCGUCCCGCCCGUCCACUUCGUCCCCCUGACAUUCCUGUCCUCAUGAGACUUGUUACUGUUGCACUUGUUUGGUCUGAGAAAGACCUUUUUCCAGUCCUCAUCCUACCAGAACAUCUCUCCAGAAGAUAUUAGCAAGGAAUAGGCUCAACCUUGAGCAUUAAAGUGAAGCUUGGACAUUGCACUCCUUCUCCUUUUUGGAUACCAUUUCAUAGUUAUGUGAUAUGGAUGUCAAAGCCCAGAUUUUUUGGGCUGUACCAAAUCAACAUUGCUUGUACCUUGCCUUAAUCUCAUGAUCCUAUUCACAUUUUUUAUCAACAUGACUUUGUGUUUCUGUUUGUUCCCUUCAUUUUGACAAAAUGAUUAUUAACAGGGUUUAAAGAAAUUCUUUGCAUUAUUCUUUAACCAAAUGUACCAAAUUCACUGUGAAAUGUGUAAAUAUUUGUUUAGAUGAGGGUCUAGACUUGAAAGAUCCUAAUUUAAUGAGCAAUAAUAUAAUUUCUUAAAAUAAAUUGUACUGUUAGGAAUGUGUGUGUGUGUGUGUAUGUGUGCGCGUGUGUGGGAAUUAAAAGUUGUGUUACAUCUA